CGAAGUUGCAAAUAGUAAGGCGAACUAGGUAACUAACUGGAUACCUCGGAAGAUUGAUAGUUAGUGUGAUACUACCUGUCCAAAGACUGUCAACAUCGACAUCAUCAAAGCAAGUCACACGCCAGUUACGGUGUAAGCUGAUGGCAGUAACGCAGAGCCCAACUCCGCGGACUCGCUCUCCACAAACCGCACUUCGCAUGAUCAGUCGACCGGCUUUCGUCCCUCUGAUCAAAUCCCGCGUCCACUCUGGGGCCUCGAAUUGGACGAGCCCCGACACAGCCGGCCGGGCCUGGUUUCCAGAUCCGAUAGUCUAGAAAGGUCUACACCCGAUUACGGCCGAUCGUGUUGAUCCCUGUUUUGGGGGGGAUUGUUAGAGUAUCCCUGUUUGGGUUAUUAGAGUUGUUUUCUGCGAGGCAUUCAACGUGUCGCCUACGUUAUCCGGCAUCCCCAAAUCGUGGCUGACGUUGCGUAUUGUCGUGUUGAUUGGCCCAUUCGUAUAACUUUUAAUUUGACAAUCAAGGGAAAGUUGGCUUUGCCUGGAGCCUUGAGCAUUAACAGCGGCGGGUUUAAUUUAACACACCUCGUCAUACGCCCAAAGAUGUAGCUGGCAUAGAACAAGAGAGCUAGAGUUUCUUACCCAUCCCUACUUUUCCAAGUGUUGUACAUAUUCAAAUGAGUUAUUGUGUGAGUUGACCUUUUUGUUUAGCCACGGGUGGGGUUUUGAAGAAGAAUUCUUUAGUUGUCCCUUUCUCCUGCAGGCACGCACGGGGCUUCAUGCAUGUAAGACGCUGAAUCGACAAUUCCUUAUAGAGAAAGAAAACAAAAACAAAAAACGGGGUGCUACUUGGUCGAGCUAUAUAUAGAAAUGAGAAUACAAGGUGUGAGCGGUUUUCAUUUUGCUCGCGUGUCUUUACCGCAUUGUUAGUCCAGAUAACUCAUAGCCAACUAGGCGCUGUGAUAUGGAAAGCAAUCACUGCGCAAACACAAAUAAAAGAGGAACCUAUACUUGAACAGGCAGUAAUAGUCGCCAUUCGUAUAUUAUGUAGCUUAAAACUAAUAAUGCAAUCGCUUCCAACUCCAAUUGGGCAAACAUAGCCCUUCCUUGUCUUCCCCCCUGAGGAAAAAAAAAAUACGAUUGCAAGUGAGUGAUAUAACGCAUCACUUGUCUUCCACCCAAUAAAAAGAUCAGCACAACUCCUAUGACCUGACUGUUUCAAGUCGGGGAAACGAUGAAAAUAAUAACGCAAAAUACUCUCAAGUCAUGCGUAAAUCCUAAUGCCCAUAACAUUAAAUUAUAGCAUACGUAUGUACACAUAUCAGCCAAUAUAUAGCCGAGAAUAAAAGGCAAAAUGUGUCAAAGAUUGAAACAGAAAUAGAAAAACGCAGGAGAUGAGAAAAAAAAAAAAAACUCU